UCCACAUCAUCCUAGCUCGGCCUCAUCCCACGCAUCCAGCUGCUUCGUCGCCGGUGCACAGCGCACCUGGUCCGCCUGCGAAACAUCCGCGACUGCGCACUCGCACACGCCUGCAGCGUCCGUCCCUCCACUCGGCACCUCGGGCUGCGGCCACGUCCCACGCUCCUGCCGGCCGGUGUCCUGCUCAGCGCGGCCGCGCAGCACCAUGUCGAUGAUGCAGUCCUUCUUCGACGAUGACGAGUGGCAGGAGAUGCCCGUGGUCCGGGAUCUCUCCACGUCCGACUCGUCGUCCGACGACGACGCCGGCUAUGGUGCGCCGGGCGCCAGCAGUGCACGGCGGCGCCGCCAGAAGUCGUCUGGGCACGGGCGCAAGCGCAGCGUCCAGGCAAGCGGCGCUGCCGGCAUCUCAGGCAUGGGGCCGGGUGGGGCGCAGGGCAAUGCCACGGGCCAGUCGCUGAACGUCGACGAUGCACGCGGCUACAACUGGCGAGUGUCGCCGGCCGAGGCCGCAGCACGCGCCGCUGCGCAGAACAGAAUACUCGACGACGAUGACGACGACGGCGGCGGCAAGAAGGGCAAGAAGAAGGCGGGCAGCGACGACUCGGACUCGUCGGAGGACGAGGACGAGGGCGCGAGCAAGGGCUACACGCAGCUGCGCCUCGACGACGACGUCGAGGGCGAAGAGCUGCAUGCUGCGACCGAGUACCUCUUCGGCGGGCCAGCCGCCGGCAAUCGUGCUGCCGACGACGGCCUGUACGAGCCGACAGCCGGCAGUGGCGCCACGCCGCUGAGCCAGCUGGCCACGACGAAGCAGCUGCUGAGCGAGGGGCAGAAGAUCGCGUACGUGGGCCUCGUCAGCCUCGUCGCCAAGGAGCUCGUGCGCCGGCUGGCACGCGUACCCGGCAAGGAGAUGCAGCCGAGCGUCGCAUCCGCCGAAGAGUGGUGUACGCGCGUCAUGGCGCGGCUGUACCAGCACAUGGACAUCGAGGUCUCAGAACAAAACAUGAUCGAGUCGCUGGCGCAUCACGGCGUCCUGUCGACUGACCUGGCCCCGAGCCUCGUCACAACGAAGAGCGUCGACAAUCCGGACUUUGACCCCGAGGCUGAGGCCGAGCGGGAAGAAGAGCUGGAGCGGCAACGACUCAAGGCCGAGGCUCUGCGGAUAGAGGAGGCAGAGGCAGAGAAGAAGAAAACCUCUUCGAGCACGCCUGCCGCUGAGUCGCCUGCCGAAGAGGCUCCGGAGGCGGACACCGCAGCAGAGGAGGUGGCACAAAAGGUGUCCGACGUCGCGCUCGAGGAGGACGCCGUGCCAGAGGGCGAUGGCGAUCUGGGCGGCGGCGGCGACGACGACAGCGCAGGCGACAUCGGAGCGUCGCUGGAAGAGGAUGAGGCGCCACCGCCGCCGUACCAGCGCAAGGCUCAGCCAGUCGAAGACGACGCAGACGAUGGAGACAUUGGCGCUGCGCUCGAUGAUGACGACGAGGACGGCGAUAUCGGCGGAUCUGCCACGAAGGUCGUCGAGUCGAAGCAGCUCAGCACGCCGGUGCCAAGUAAGGCCGAGCUAAGCCCCACGACGCCCAAGGCUUCGCUCGCUGCUCUGCCCGACGAGUCAGAAGCGAAAGACGGCGACGACAGCGCCGAGAAGCCGCCGCUUGAGACAAAUGGCGCUCCACUUGACCCGAACACGGCCGCUCAGCUCGCUGAAGGCAACGCUGGCCAGGCGCUCGGCCUGACUGCUGCGCCGCAGGCGAUCGACACGCUGCCAUCCGCGCUGGAGGGCGUCACGACGGAGCUCAGCAGCGCCGACAAGCACAUCACGCUGGAUCUGCGCUGGACCGUGCUCUGCGACCUCUUCCUCGUGCUCACUGCCGACAGCGUCUACGACGCGCGCUCGCGUGUGCUGCUCGAGGAGGUUGCCGAGCAGCUCGGCCUGUCGUGGAUGGACGUGACGAAGUUCGAGAAGCGCGUCACGGACGCGCUCGAGAUCGAGGAGGGCGUCGCGGGCAGCCUGCGCGGCAAGAAGGCCGUGCGCAAGCGCGCCGAGAUGGCACGCAAGCGCCGCAUGGUCAUGAUGGGCCUGGCGACCGUGGGCGGCGGCAUCGUCAUCGGCCUGUCUGCGGGCCUGCUCGCACCUGUCAUCGGUGCGGGCCUCGGUGCGGCGCUCGGAACGAUCGGCAUCGGCGGCACCACGACCUUCCUUGGCGGCGUGGGCGGCGCUGCGAUCAUCACUAGCACAGCGACGGCCGGCGGCAUGGCCAUCGGUGGCCGAGGCAUGAGCCGUAGGACCCGCAGCGUGCGCACGUUCGAGUUCCGGCCGAUCCACAACAACAAGCGCGUCAACUGCAUCGUCACGAUGGGCGGCUUCAUGAACGGCGCGCAGGACGAUCCGCGUCUGCCCUUCUCCGUCAUCGACAGCAUCAUGGGCGACGUGUUCAGCGUGCUCUGGGAGCCCGACAUGAUGCAGGAGAUGGGCGACGCCAUCUACCUGCUCUACAGCGAGACGAUGAUCCAGGGCCUGCAGCAGGUGCUCGCUGCGACGAUCGCAGGUGGUCUUGUCGGAGCUCUGGCUUGGCCGCUGUGGCUCACGAAGCUCGGACUGUUCAUCGACAACCCGUGGAGCAACGCCCUCGAUCGCUCGUGGUCGGCAGGCCUGAUUCUCGCCGACGUGCUCUCGCGGCGCCAGCUCGGCGUGCGGCCCGUGACGCUCGUCGGCUUCAGCCUGGGCGCACGCUCCAUCUUCUACGCGCUGCAGGAGCUGGCCAAGAACAAGAAGUUCGGCAUCGUGCAGAACGUCUACCUCAUCGGCGCACCAGUGACGGCAACUGAUGCGGCCUGGCGGGAAGCGCGCAGCGUCGUGUCUGGCCGCUUCGUCAACGCCUUCUCGAGCACGGACUGGAUCCUUGGCUACCUCUUCCGCGCGACGACUGGCGGCCUGCGGUCCAUUGCCGGUCUGCAUCCAGUCGAGCGCGUGCCGGACCUGGAGAACAUCGAUGUCACCAACACGGUGCCGGGCCACUUGCAGUACCGCGCCUUCAUGCCGCUAGUCCUCGACCAGCUUGGCUUCCGCACGACGGCGGACUACUUCGACGAGCCAGAGGACAUGGCGAACAUCCCGGAGCGAGAGAUCGUGCGCGAGGCGGAGGCGCUCGCCGCGCAGGAGGAGCAGCUGCAGCUCAAGACCGUCAAGACCAAGACCGGCGGCUUUGGCAAGAUCUUCAGGCGCAAGGGCAGCAAAGACCCAGCCUCGAGCAGCACGUCUGGCACAUCAUCGCCAGUGCCCGGCUACCAGGCCUCGGCCACGGCUGCAGGUGGCACUGCGGGCGCUGCUGGCGCCUACGAGUAUGACGAAGAUGAAGACGACUUGCCGCCGCGAGAAGCCUCAACGCCGCCUCGGGCUGCCGAGCCGGAGCCAGCUGCAGCUGCGGCAGCUCCACCGUCCCUGAAGCUUGAUGUCAAGCCAAUGAACCCGGCUCUUGAGUCGGCGAGAGCAGCAGACAACCUGACGGCCGGCCAAGCUCCGACUCCUGAGGCCGAGCGGCCGCCAUUCACCGCCGUGCACUUCGAUACCGAGGCCAUCCUGGCCGAGCUCAAGGCAAGCGGUGUCGAGGUGCGCGAGCUCGAGAGCUCGCUGCCGCCUCUCGUGACGCAGGCCAUGCGGAGCGAGCCAGAGCGGCCAAAGGCGCAGCCCGCUGCGCCCUCUGCGGCGACUACACGCUUCGACGCCAAGCACGCACCAGCAGCGUCUGCUGUGUCUCAGCCUCAGCCGCCGCCGCUGGACACCCACUCGAGAGAGUCAUCGAGAUCCAGCCUGCCUACGCGACCGCCAGCUGCUCCUGCUCCGUACGCCCGCUCCUUCAACCAGUCGCCGUUCAGCCAGCUGCCGCCGCCUGCGCCGCCGGCGCUGCCGCUGGACGACGGCAUGGGCGGUGUCAGCCUGUCGUUCGCCGAGAACUACGACGACGAUGAGGACGAGGCUGUGCCUGAGUCGUCAGCUCCCGCUCCUCCGCUCGCGGCACCCUCGCUCGAGGCCGCCAAAGGCUACGGUCUGUCGUCGGAUGCCGCUGCCGAGCUUGCGCGCCGCUUCCAGGGCGGCGCUGCAGCGUCAUCAAACACCGCUGCGCCGAUCCCUGUCGACGACGGGUGGGGCCACGACGCUGCGUCGUCUAGCCAGACGUCGAGCCGCGCCGCCUCGCCGCCUCGCGUCAAGCCGCUGGCCGCGUUGCCCGCAGAUGCGCCGGACUGGUCGUCUGCCGAGCAGGCUGGCGGCGACACCUCGUUCGACAGCACGGAGAGCGAGUCGUCCAUCGCGGCGCCGCCGCGCAGCCUCUCCUUCGGCCGCCUCGCGACUGAGGAUCCGUCCGAUGCCACCGGCACUCCUUCCUUCACGCCCCUGAACCCGCCCGCGAACGCGUGGAGCAGCGGCGCGGACAACCCUUGGGGCUAGCUCUGCCGCACCUAUCCGCCACACCUUCUGCUGACGCCCG